AUGACUGAAGUGUCAAAUUUAGUUAUUGAUUUCAAUGGCCUUCGUGCAGUUAAAGUGAGAACAAUACACAAAAAGGCUUAUGUCCAGGUUGUGGCUGGCUUGUGGGUUCUAUCAAUUGUGGGCAGCUGGUGCAACUUCUUGACUUUGUUCUAUAUAUUGUUUGUUCUGCUGCAUACACUACCUGUUCUGUAUGAGAAGUAUGAUGACAAAAUCGAUGCAUUUGCAGAGAAAGCAAUGAUUGAGAUUAAGAAGCAGUAUGCAAUUUUAGAUGCAAAAGUUCUUAGCAAAAUUCCCCGAGGACCAUUGAAAGACAAAAAGAGGGCUUAA